AACUAUCUAUAUAUACGUAUAAAUAUAUUAAAAAAAUGUAAAAAGAGUAUUUUCAAUUAUAGCUUGACCUUCAGCUAGUCAAUACUUUGCGGUCUUUCAAAAUGUUAAACGGUGAACACAGAUUCGAAUAUGGUUUUAUUGAAUCUAUUUAUACUUCCCUCUAUUAUUACCAAGGUUAUAUGACUGCAGAAGUUUUUGAUGAAUUCACUUAAUAAAAUGGAGGUCUUUCUCUUAAGCAAGUAGUUCUUUAUUUGCAUUUUAUUUUCGGUUCUAUUGCUAACCUGAAAGCCUUUUUGACAAAACUAGACCCUUAAUGCCCUGAAGUAGCCGAUAUCUAAAAAUCAAAUGUAAACAAGACUAACAUAUUAAAUGUACAUGCUAUAAAUGAUUUAAAGAAUACACUAAAUCACGAAAUUAUGAAUAAAAUUAAGGAUUCAGUAAAACCCAAGCUUAUUGAAACUUUUUAAAUAAAAAUUAUUAAUGAAGACAAAGAUUAUGAUUAAGAUACAAAUACUUUGUAUAUUCCUUAUAAUUAUUUAAAAACAGGAAUAUAAUCUAAAGGAAAGUUAGAUAUAUAUCUAACCUCUUAUAUAGCUAAUAAACUAAAUUAAGCGUUUUCUUUAGAAUUAUUUCAUGGUCAUUUCGCUUUUGCAAUAAAAUAGAACAAAUGCUUAGUUUAUUCUGAGAAUUAUAGCAAAAUGCUCAAGAAUAUAAUCAAAGGUGUCGAAAAUUUAAAGUUUGAUAAAAACAUAUAUCAUUAAUAUAGAUAAAAAGUUGUUGAAUACGGAAAAAAUUAUUCUAAUUAAACUAAUUCUGAAUAAACUUUAAAAAAUAUUAGCAGAACUUUAUCUGAAUUAGAAAGAACUUUAUCUGAUUUAAUUAUUUCUAGAGAUCCUAAAAUUAAUUAUUAUUUCGAAAAAUUUCUUAUUGGUAUGUUAGGACAUCCUAUACCUUAAUUAAGAGAUCAUGCUGUACUUUUUUUAAAUGUACUAUACGACGGUGUAGAUUGGUCAAAAAGAGCUCCUUUUUCAACCAAAAUUAAAAAAGUUAAAUAAAAAUUUUAAAUUGAUUAUCUAAUUGAAUCAGAUUCUAAUGAUUAAAAUAUUGUUUUUUUGGUAAAAUCUUAUAUUUUCUUACCUGAAACAAGGUAAAAUAUUACUCAUGUUUUCAAACCUAAAAUUAAGGAAGUCAAAACUGUAGGCGUUAGAAAAUUUAUUAGUGUUUCUUUGGAUUUAGGAAGAUUUACAAGAUGUGGUUUUUAUGAUUGGAAAUUAGUUAGAUUAUUGGAAACAGGAGAAAUAAAAUCUAUUUACAAAGUAAAUAAAAAUAAAAAAAAUAACAAAAUUAAAAUAAAAGCUUAUUGAUUUAAAUCCUAAAAACGAAUCUGAUAGUCAUAAUAAAUAAUUCACAACAAGACCUGUAUAAGGAAGGUUUAUUGUCCAUCCUGAAGAUACAAAAGAUUUACAAAUGCACGAAGUUUUUGUUGAUUUUCAAGACGGAGUUCCUGACGAGAAAGGAAAAAUGAUAAAAAGAGGUAACUUUAAAAAAGUAAAAGAUAAACUUUAAUAAUAUAAAAAUGCUGGAAUAAAUACUCUCUAUUUAAUGGGUGUAUUCGAACGUGAUAAUGGAAUCAUAUUUGAUGAAUAUUCUAAAUAAUUUACUGUAAAAAGACCUGAAGUAUCAGCUUUAUCAAUAACUUGCCGUUCUACGUAAAAAAAAAAAAAAUUAAAAAAAAAAAAAAAACAGUCCAAAUACAAUGCUUGGAGGAAAAACUGGAUUUAAAGAAUUAACUAAUAAAGCAAAUUAAUUAGGAUUAAAAAUUUUAGUGGAUUGCCUUACAAGAGUAAAUUCUUCGAGAUGUCAUAAAAAAUACAAAGAGUUAAUGAUUUAUUAAUUAGAUUCUUAAGGUAAAAAAACAACAGUUUUCGGAUCUGAUGGAAGAGCUAUAUUUUUUGAAGACACAUGUUUACUAAAUUACCGUAAAAAGAAAGUAUGGGAUCUUUUACUCCAGGAGUUAGUUAAUUUUACUGAAGAAUAUAAUAUUAAUGGUAUUCAUCUAGAUAAUGGAUAAGCUUGGCCUUAAGUUUUGAGUUUAGACACAGAAGAAAUGUUCAGGAAAGAAACUGAUGGACAUUCUGCUUAUACUGAUAAGGAAAUAUUCGAAGGAAUUAUUGUUGAGUAGAAUGAAGAGUCGGGAUUUUGGGGAAGCAAUUGUAGAGAUACACUUCCUAAUCCAUUUAUUAUGAAAUUAUGUAGAAAUCUUUGGUCUAGAUAUCCAAAUUUUUUAAUAAUGUCAGAAGUUUGGGGAUCUAUUGGAGAAGAAGAUUAAAGGGAAAUUUCUAUGAUUGUCUCUGGACCUAUUCCUAGAUAAUUUAAAUUACCUAUCGCCUUAUCCUAAAUUUUUGGAGAAAAUUUAAAGAAAGAUGGAACAAUUAGUUAAAUGUAAAGAAAAAGUGUUGAUUCAUUUAAAAAAUGGUAUCAAACUUAAAAAAGUAUACUUCCAGAAGGAUCUUUUGUGGUCUAAUCUACUACUUAUCAUACAUGGCCUUAUCCUGCAUUAUUAUAUAAAAAAGCUACUUGGGCAGUUGUUGAUUUAUUUUUUACUUUAACUGAUAUUCCAAUGACUUUUAUUGGGGAAUUAGAUGGGCAAGCUUUUAAAAUAAAAACCACAAAUAUAUUCACUUUAGUAAAAGAACCGGAGAUUCCCAAAAAAAACAAUUUGCCUUCAAUAGUUGAGUAAGAAGAAGAUUAAGGAAUAGCCCAAAACCAAUUGAAGUUAAGAAAAAUAAAAUUAUGAAAAUCGAAUCGUAACUCUUCAACACUGAAGAUAAUCAAGGUUUUGGCUGGUCAGUAUACGAAAGACGAGGAGCUACAAAAAAACAAAGCAUGGUAAGAAUUUCAAGUGGAUAAUCAGUAGAUGAUAUGACUGCUUUAGUAUAAUAAACAUAAUCUUUUGUCCAAAGUUAAGGUGAUUGGUUUGGUAAUGAAUUAAAAAAUAUAGGAAAACAUUACGAAAGUAGAAGAAACUUAAGAUUAUCGAAAAAAUCGUUAAAAUCUGGAAUUUUUAUUCCUCUAUUGGCUGAACAUAAAUUCGGGUGGCAUACUCAUGUUUUGGCUUUUUGUAGAUACACUAAGAAGUAAUUCUGUGUUGUGGUUAUUAAUUUUAAUAAUGGACCAGUUGAUGCUUUUAUUAAUAUGAAACCUUUAGCUAAAUAUUACCCUAAUUAUGAAAAUGCGGAAUUAGUUGUUAAAAUGGAAUAUUGGGCAAAACCAGAUUAAGAUAAAGAAGUUAAAUAUGAUUAUUUCUUUAUCAAUGAAAUUAUUGAUGAUAGACUUUUUGUGCAUUUAGAUAAUUUUUAGAGUAUGAUUUGGGGUUUUAAUGUAAUUAAAGAUGAUAAGAAUAAAGUUUAAUUAGCUUCAGAACAUUCAUUAGCUAGAUUAUAAUAUUAACUUUCACUUUCUGAAUAAAUGACAAUCUAUUCAAAUGAUACUGCUUCUUAAUUAGUAAAACUAAUAACUUAAUCGAAUAAUUUAUAAUAAUUUAUAAAUGGAUUUGCUUAUUUAUAUGAUAAAAUUUCCCAAAUAAACCUCAAUAUAGCAAUAUCCAAUCUUAGAGAUUUCCAAAAAGACAAAGUUUUAAAAUGCAGAUUAUUUGCCUUUUUCGAAUCUUUACUUAAAAAAAAAUAGUCUAUUGCUUCUAUAGAAGAAAAACUUCCCUUUUUCAAAAGUAUUUAAUUAAUAGUUGAAUCCAAUAAACUCGGCCCUAUAUGUUUUGCUACUCCAGAAUAUGCUAAAUGGACCAAAACCGGAGGUCUAGGAGUCAUGACAGACGAAUUGACUAGAGGUUUAGCACAAUUAGGCGAAGAAGUAUAUGUAAUAACUCCAAUAUAUGACAAUAAACUAAAAGAAAAGCCCGACCUAUUAACAAAAGACGGAUUUAAAUUCCAAGAAACUAUGAAAUACUAUGUAGGAGGAGUCGAAUAUGAAGUUGGAGUUCAUACCGGCAUAUACGCAGGAGUUAAAGUGUUCUUCUUACAUAACCCGAUUUUGUUCCCGUCCGCAUUUGCAGGUGAUGAUCCUGAAUAUACUUUAAAAAGUAUGACCUUAUAUGCGAAAAUAACACUCCAAUUAUUAUGCAAAAUUAAAGUCAUUCCAGCACUAAUAGUAACAAAUGAUUGGUAUACAGGCUUAAUAGGAGGAUAUGUAAAAAAUUAAUCUUUCGGAGAAAGUUUCAAAGGGACUAAGCUUUUCCAUAUAGCACACAAUUUAGAUACGAAUUAUGAAGGAAGAUAAUAUCCGAGACUUGAUUAAGGAGAUUUAAAUUGGAUUUAUUAAUUACCUACAUAAUGGUUAAUAGACCCUUUCUGGAAACAUCUAGUUAUAAAUCCUUCCAGAUGUGCAUUUAUGACUUGUGAUAAUUGGGGAACAGUCUCUCAUUCAUAUAAAUUUUAACUUUUAAAAGAAAGUUCUUUAAGUUCGAUUUUAUCGAGAUUUUAAUUCGCUUUUUCCUAUCCAAAUGGACUCAACAUUAAAGAAAGACAAAAAAUGAUUGAAGAAUUACCAACUGGGUCCGAUCAUGUGAAAGCUAAAGAAAAAAUAUAAUAAAAAUAUUUCGGAUUUUCAACACUUGAUAAUUCCUUUUGUUUAUUUGGGUUCGUGGGUAGAAUUACUGAGUAAAAAGGAGUUCAUUUAAUUGUUGAUGCUGCUGAAUAAUUAAUUAGAUAAUCACAUGGAAAAAUAUAAAUUAUUGUAGGGGGUAAUUGCAAUUAUAAAGAGGAAUAUGCUUAAAAAUGUGCAGAAAGAAUUUAAUAUUUAAAAAAUGUUUAUCCUUUUAAUUUCUGGGGAGAUCCGGAUAUGUUCUUUAAAGAUGGACCACUUAUUAAUGUUGGAUGUGAUUUUGGACUUAUGCCAAGUAAAUUUGAACCUGGUGGCAUUGUUUAACAUGAAUUCUUUGUUGCUGGUACUCCUGUUGUAUCUAUGAAAACAGGAGGACUUUAAGAUACUGUUAUUAAUUUUGAUGAAACAACUAAAAAAGGAAGUGGUUACGCAUUCGAACAUCAUGAUAGAGAAGGUUUUAUUUACGGAGUAACUAGAGCUUUGAGAAUAUAUUAAAAUGCAGAAAUGUAUUAACAAUUAAGAAAAAGUACUUUUUAAGCUUGUAUUGAUGUAAACGAUGUUUCUAAAGCUUAUGAAGGAGAAUUUUAUAGAAUGUUCAAUAAAAACUAUAUUGAUAAAGAUACUCUUUAAAUUGAAAUGACGAAAAUUAAUUAAGAUUUUAAUAUAGAACUUUUUAAGCCUUAAUAAGUGGUAUUAAAAUUUCCUACUUAGUUUUAAGGUAGAGAAUAGAAAUUAUCUGGUUUAUAUGAAAAAGCAAUUAAAUAUGUAGCAGAGAAAAAUUACAAAAGUGUAUAAUUUAAGCUUACUUUAGAUCCUUCUAAAUUACCUAAAUAAGUCGAAAUAAUUGGUUCUUUUGAUAAUUGGAAAACUAAAAGGAACUUAAAAUAUGAUCAAUUUUCUUAAGAAUGGAAAAUUACUUUAAGUUUACCAACAGGAGAUUACUUAUAUAAAUAUAUUGUUGAUGAUGAAUGGAUUUGCAAUGAUGAUGAACUUAAAGAUACUGACAUGUAUGGACGUUUAAAUAAUUUUAUAAGCAUAGAAUGAGAAUAAUAAAAAAAGCUUAAAUUUAUUUAUAAAUUCCAAAUUAUUUAAAAUUUAAUGAAUAAUAAUUAUUUUAUUAUUUAUAAAAAAAUAAAUUUUGUUUCAUUUAUUUU